AUGGAUUUGGGUAAGGAGAUGAGCUUGAAGGGUUAUUUUAACAAUGAGGAUGAAGGUGAGGGUGACAGUUUUAACGGCAAUGAUGAUGGUUCCAAUGAAUCAUUAACCAAUUUUAUUUUUGACAAACACCUUUUUUUAGGAUCAAGUUUGCGCCACGAUCCUAUAGACUAUAUACCUGGAAUAACUUCGAUUAAACGUACGGAUUUGACAUCAUAUCUUCAAGAAGAGGACUUGACAACUUUGCACCACCAAUGCAUCUUCCAAUCAAUGGAUGAUUCUAAACAAGCCGAUUUUAUCCUAGCUAACACAGUCCAAGAGCUUGAAGCCCAUUCUAUUACAGCCAUUGAGGCCCAAAUCCCAUUUUAUGCUAUUGGGCCACUAUUUUCACCAGGCUUCACUAAAAGCCCAGUGGCAACUAGUUUAUGGGCCGAAUCGUACUGCAUCCAGUGGCUAGACUCAAGACCUCCUGGCUCAGUUUUGUAUGUAUCAUUUGGUAGCUAUGCACAUAUUAGCAAACAUGAACUUGAAGAGAUAGCUAAUGGAAUCAAGCUAAGUGGGGUUAACUUUAUUUGUGUUAUCCGACCCGAUAUGGUGAGUUCCGAUGAUCUAGACCCACUUCCAUUUGGGUUUCGGGACGAGGUUUGUGACCGGGGGAUGAUUGUGACGUGGACAUGUCAGGUAGAGGUGUUAUCUCAUCGUGCAAUUGGAGGUUUCUUAACGCAUUGUGGUUGGAACUCGACUUUAGAAAGUAUAUGGUGUGAAGUUCCUUUACUGUGCUUUCCCUUGUUGACCGAUCAAUUUACCAACCGUAAACUAAUUGUGAAUGAUUGGAAAAUUGGGCAUAACCUUUGUGAGGAGAAACCCGUGAAAAGGGAGGAGGUAACGCGAAAGGUAAAGGAUUUAAUAGGUGGAUCCAUGGGGUUUGAGCUCAAGAAUAACAUCAAGGAAAUCAAACGAGUACUAGAGAAUGCAAUGAGAGCAAGAGGAUCUUCAAAGCAAAAUGUCGAAAACUUCAUUGAGAAAUUGAGCACUUGAUAGUAAGAACAAAGAUGAUAUCAUGUUUUAAGCCAUCAAAUUGAGUUUAUAUUGGAUAGUGUAUACUCAGUUUUCCUGAAUUUGUUCUUUAACUCUGUCCUGGUGGGGUAGAUUAUAUUUGUAGUGAUUUUGCAGGUUUGAAUACUCCAAACUUGGAUCAAGAAUCAAGAAUGUAGAAGAGAUUCGAGAUUUGUUAGCUGAAUACACUACAAAAAAUUGUACCAUUAACGACGAGAAAUCCCGUCGCUAAAGGCCAAUAAUCAUUGAUUAAUGACGGGAUUUCCCGUCAUAAAAUGGGUCGUCAUAAAAUAGGUCGUCGUUAACACGUCGUAAAAGACAUUUGCGACGGUUGUUCCCGUCUUUGUUUGGUUGUUGUCCCCGUCACAAAAGGCUUUUGCGACAUAAUUUUUGACCCGUCGUAAUUAGAUUGUCAUUAAAGAUACAAAUUCUUGUAGUGAUAUUAUGAGCUGAGGUUUUGUAAUAGUUUGAGUUUAUUUUUGUGAA